UUUUUUUUUCUGGGGAGCAGAACAAAGCCACUGCAUUUUCACACUUGGGUCUUUCUGGAGAGGGUGAAUGAAUUAAGAGUUCCUCCUUUGGAAACCACUCCAUUUAAACCAUUGCACACAACUGAGCACAACAAACUGUUCUAGGAGAACAUAAAAGCAAGAAAGCCUCUUCUCACAGUCAGUCAUUGUUGGGAGAGGGAGUGUGAAAAAUCUUGAGUUUCCGUCCUCUUUGCGCUAUUCCCACUUGCAGGCUUCGUUUCAAGGGAAGAAGUAUUUCAGUACUAUCACUCUCAUCUCUUGAAUUCUUAAAAAUAUUUAAGAGUUAACAGAAGGUGAUGUGAGAAAAUGCUAUAACUUAAACUACAAAAUUCUUCUGGAGGUGCUAAAAGCCUGAAAUCAAAACCUUACUCUUGAAGGAAGAGCUGGUACUCAGUAGCUAAGGAGAAGAGUUAUUUUUAUUGCCUUAGACUUCCCUUCUCUUGGAAUUAGUAGCUCUCUUUAUGGGGGUGGGGGGGCACCUCGUGGAGUACAGUAGUGAGGGUAAAAAACUAAUCCUUGUGAUUUUUCACAUGCUUAGAAGUAAUACUAACAGGUUAUUUAAGGAUUUCUCUUUCAAGAGAUGGACAGUUCAUAUUUGAAUAGGUCAGAAAUGCUUUAGAUGUUUCUCUCAUCUCUCUUUUCCCUUAAAUAUGUCUUUUGAAAAUGGAACAACUCAAACUUGUCUGUUUAUAGAAGCUGAGCACCAAAUCUUUGACUUCCCCAAGUUUGGUGAUCAUGGAGGAGUUUCUGAAUGUGCUUCUCUGCUGUUCCCAGGAAGGGAUUGUGCAAUUUAGGUACCUCUUUUCUUAAUAGGGCCCUGGUUGAAAAACAGGAAUAGACACAGAGCCUUUAAUAAAGGCUCAAUGUCUGCUCUUGCACAGUUGUUGUCCAGUAGCUGCCCUAACAGAAGCUUUCAGGAAAGACCACUUUGGUUUUUUUCACUCUUGAAGUAAACACAAAGCCACCAAAGUUCUUACUUACUCAUUUCUCUGCACACCAAAAUAGCUUCAUUUGGUCUCUGUCCUUAAGCAGAGGAAGCUGCACUAGAGCUGAGCUGAAAACCUCCACCCACUGAACGGAUGUUUCAUUGGAAUGUUUCUCUGGUACUUUCCAGUGAAAACUCAGUGAAUUAAUUCAAAGAUGAUGUUCAGCAUGGGAACUGGAAGUCACAGAGCAGCUGGGGAAAUUCCCCAGGUGUCUGCUGGAGUCUCAGCCCUUGCACUGACCCUGAGCUGGCCAGGGGCAGCUUCAGCUCAUUGGCAGUAAGUGGCAGUAGGAUGGAUGAGCCUGGUGAAUUGUAGGAACCACUGACUGCAAAUUUUGGGCCAUGAGCUGAUUACGGGGGAAUACAUAGCAAUAGCUCAGCUAAGCUAACAGAAAUAAAAUAAUAAAUGGCCUAAUUUCAAACCUGUGUUCAUUUUUCUUCUCUUUGCUUUCUUGGUAAAGAGCCUUUUCUGAGUGUGGAAUGGUCGAUUUAACCCAACUAAUGUAAUGAUUAGGCAAGAAUAAAGCAUGAGCUUUUUCUUGUAAACUCCUUCAUUUCUGCAAACCAAGUGAGAACUUCUUUGGGAAUUCAUUGUUCUGAUGGCUGAGGUUUGGGAGAUGUCUGAUUUACCUUCUAUAGCAAAACUCAGGACAUAGAUAGCUUUUACUUGGGCUUAUGUGAUACUUACUUUGAGGGGUGUUACUGCCUGUGGAGAUGUUCUUACUCCUAAAUGAGAUUUUUAUUUCAAUUAGCAUAGUUUCAGAAAUUUUACUUGAAAAGUAUGCUUUACCUAGCCUGAAUUAUCUUGAAAAACUCAUCUUCUAGUUUUUUACCGUCUGUGUUUCUGUACUUAUUUAAAAAAACAACAAACAAAACAAACAAAAAAAAAGAAUAAACAAUACAUUUUCAUUUUAAAAACGUACUUAAUUGCUUCUGGAUUGCAAAAUUUUUCUAAGGCUAUUGAUUAGACCACUUUGACUGUAUCCCAGAUGGAUAUUAACAUGGGGAGAGCUAAUUACCUCUUUUAAGUUGCAAUUGUUUGUUCCUUUAAAAUAAUGCUGUGUCUUCGCUUUGAUUUUUGUCGUUGGCAGUUGCAAAUGUAAAUGUUGAACUAAAACUAGCUUUGAAGGCAGAGAGACAGGUGUACUUUUUCAACAAAUUGAUUACAAAUGUAUCAGACACCUGUUAUUUGAUUUACGUGGCAGAAAAGAGCAAAUAUUUUCUUGGAACUCAGCUGGGAGUGUGGCUGGAUAGGAUUAUCUCCUUGUGCUGGAGAGGGAGGAUAAGACAAGCAAAACAACCUUUUAUUUUGUUUAGAACUCCUUUCUGUUAAACAGGGAAAACAAUAUUGAAAUUGCAGCGUUGAAGGAAAGCAUUUUCCUUGGGGGAAUCCUUGGUAAAGGCAGGGGAAGGGUGGGUUGGGUUUGGGGUUCUUGGCAAGGAUUUUGCCAAGGGGCUCUGCACGGGCAGCAAUCAUUGCUCUCUUCGGUGGGAGCUGCAAAUUUCCCAUCCUAGACACUGGUUUGAUAAUUAAUGUUUAGGUUUCCUGCAAAAUGCAGAUUCUGAGGUUCUUUAAAAGCAGUUGCAGGCUUUCUGUGGCCUUUGGCAUUUUGUCCCAAGCACCUGCCAGGAACCAGAGAUAGGCUUCACCUCUCUGCCCGUGUGAAAGUGAAAGGAGAGGCUGGGGAGCGAAGGAGGAGGAGAGCCCAAGAGCAGACAAAGCAGCCUUGCCUGGAGCACAUGUUAAUCAAAGCAGAUCAAAGGAUAUGAUGUCAGUUUAUAGAGAAACAGGUCAGGCAGGCCCAGGUAGCUCGGGAAGCAGGAGACUGAUUAUUCCCAGCAGAAAGGCAGGUAUAGGGUUACCGCGCAGUGGAAAGUCAGGAGGUCAGGACUUGCACAGCAACCACGUCCCCUGGCUGAAACGGGGAAUUCAUAAUUUUGUGGCCAUGGGAGAGAAUGAGCCCAGUGCAGCGAGUGCAGCGCAGCCAGAUAAAAAGAUGGCCUAUCACAAAGUGAAUGCAGACCAGAGGGCACAGGGGCACUCUCCAUACCUCGACAGUGACGAGCUCCAGGGCACGGCGCUGGAGCUGGAGUGGGACAUGGAGAAGGAGCUGGAGGAGCCUGGCUUUGACCAUUUCCGACUGGACAGCACAGCCCAGCCCCACCUGGGGAACUCCCAGAGCCCUGACCUCGACCUGGAGCCCAUCCAGCCCUCCUCUUCUCCCAAGGGAAGAUUCCAGAGGCUUCAGGAAGACCCCGACUACGUCUCCCACUACACGAGACAGGCACCAAAGAGCCACCGCUGCAGCUUUUUUCGGAUACUGAAAGUAUUUUGCACUGCUUCGAUUUUAUUUAUUUUUGGAAUUGUGAUAGGAUAUUAUGCACGCAAGAAAUGCCCUUCUCCCCCAGCAUCUCCAGAGCCAAAUAAUCCUCAUAUCUACCAUGAAAUUCUCAAGGAAAUCAAAGCUGAAAAUAUUCAACGGAUUUACAGAGAUUUGUUGGAGUUCCCCAGAGAAGAAGAUGCCGACAUUGCAGCGAGGAUCCUGGCUCAGUGGCGUUCCCAAGGCCUGCAGGAUGUCCAGCUGCUGAAUUACUCCGUUCUGCUUGACCUGCCAGGCCCUUCUUCAAACACAGUAACUCUGCACAGCACUGGGGAGUGUUUUUAUCCGAGUGGACAGCAGUGCAGCACAGACCCCAAAACGCUUCAGAGCCAAGACCUCCUGUACUCGUACGCAGCUUAUUCUGCCAAAGGAACUCUUGAGGCAGAGCUUGUUGAUGUCCAGUAUGGGACCAUGGAAGACCUGAUCCGGGUUCAAGCCACCACAAACGUGACCAAAAAAAUUGCACUUUUGAAGCUGGGACAAUCACCUCUGCUUUAUAAGCUUUCUCUGCUGGAAGAUGCAGGGUUUGGUGGUGUUCUCCUUUACACUGAUCCUUGUGACUUGCCAAAGACUGCAGACCUUGCUGAUAAAGCUUUUAUGGUCUCCUUGAACAGUGGAGGAGAUCCAUCCACGCCUGGGUAUGCCAGUAUUGAUGGAAGCUACAGGCAAAAUCGACUGAACCUCACAACACUGUUGGUACAACCAAUUUCUGCAGUGCUUGCCAGAAAACUCAUUUCCCUACCUGAGGACACUGCCCAAAAAGACAGGUGUACACCCCUCCAACAGCCAGCUGCAGGCAAAGAAACAGUCAGUCUGAACAUUCAGUCUGUCACGAGUUACAAGACAAUUUCUAAUGUCAUUGGAUAUCUAAAAGGAGCUGUAUUUCCUGACAGAUACGUCAUCAUUGGCAGCCAUCACAGCACUUUGAAGGGUUAUGGUGGGCAAGGCUGGGCCAGCAGCACUGCUGUCAUCACAGCCCUGCUCCAAGCCCUGAUGGCAAAGGUGCAGAGGGGCUGGAGACCUGACAGGACCCUGCUCUUCUGCUCCUGGGGAGGAACAGCCCUGGGGAACAUCGGCUCCUACGAGUGGGCUGAGGAUCUCAGGAGCGUUCUUCAAAGAAAUGCUGUGGCCUAUGUUAGCCUCCAUAAUCCAGUCACAGGCAACUCAACUCUACACCCCGUUGCAUCCCCUUCUCUUCAGCAGCUGGCAGCAGAGAGCCAGAGCUUCAACUGUGUGGAAAAGGCUAGAUGUCCAGCAUCCAAUGUGAGUUCUGUGCAGAUACAGGGAGAUUCAGAUUAUUUCAUCAACCACCUUGGAGUACCUGCCACGCAGUUUUCCUAUGAGGACAUCAAAGCAUCAGAGAAUUCCAGCUUUCUCUCUGAAGCUCUUUUUCCUGUACAUGCAACAAAAACUGAAGAGCUGGAUCCCUCCUUCAGCCUGCACGAGACCAUUGCAAAGCUAACAGGACAAGUGACUUUGCAAAUUGCCACUGAUCCAGUUUUGCCAUUCAAUGCCCUCGACAUCGCAUUGGAAGUUCAGAACGGUCUGAAAGGUGAUGAAGCAGGAGUCCCUCAGCUGCUGGCAGUGGCCUCUCAGCUCAGGGACACGGCGGAGCUGUUCCAGUCGGACGAGAUGCGCCCGGCCAAUGACCCCCAGGAGCGAGCUCCUGUCCGAGUCAGGAUGCUCAAUGAUGUGCUGCAAGGCUUGGAGAAAAGCUUCCUGGUUCACCAGGCUCCUCCAGGGCUUUACAGAAAUAUUCUUUAUAGACUGGAUGACAGGACCAGCCAGUUUUCAGUACUGCUGGAGGCACUGGAGCACUGCAAACUACAUCAGUCAAAUGAGACCGUUCAAGCAGCCUUGUCAAAGGUGCUGAACAGCAUCAAUUCAGCUCAGGUUUACUUCAAAGCAGGGCUUGAUGUGUUUGAGACUACCUUAGCUGGAAAGAAAUGAGAUGAUUCUCUGCAUUCUAAGGCAUCUGUUUACAACUCUCAAAACAAAAGUUCGACUUGGACCAGAAUUGCUCUGAGGAUCAAACCUUUCUCAGCCUUUCCUUCAGCUGGCGCUUAAAGGUACUGCAGCACGUGGUUUAAGAAAUGUAAAACAGUAUUUUGCACUGUUCACAAUAUAUCUCAAAUGUCUGUUCCUGAAUGUAUAAAACCUAAAGAGAGGGAAUAUUACUUCAGAGAUGAUUUUUGGAAGGACAUCUGCUGUAUUUUUGUAUGUAAAAUAUGUUUUUAUGACUAAGAGCUCAAUCAUGCAAAGUACCAAGCACAUCCUGUGGUGUGCUGAAGCCCUGGUUCUGAGGCACCCCAGAUGUGCACCCAGGGGAGAUUUCCUCUGUCACAAAAAUCUGACUCAAGUUUCCUGAUGUUUUCAGCAAGCUCAUCUUCUUCCUUACUCCGUUCAGAGUAAGUAGGUGAAGGAUUUGGUGUUUCCAUGGGUAUCCAGCACCAGAGUGGAAAUGCACAGAACACCUUUACAGGUACAAUCCAACACCUUUACUCCUGUGGAACAAUAAAUACCUCAGUUCUGAGAAUGCAGAUGAACUUUGAUUCUUCCAUUUCUGUAUGAAAAUAAAGAGUUGUUUUCUCUAAUGUUUCUUGCAGAGGAAAUUCUUGUGAUGGUUUCAAAUUACUGGAAAAGUGUGAAUCGGUAAUUACACUUGCACAAAGAUGCUUUGAAUGUUUAUGUUAAAUGAAAGAACUGCCUAGUCUUUAUAAGGCUAGAGGCCUUACAAAUUUUCACCAAACAUUCCCAAAACAUCCCACUUCAAGGUCUCUAAAUUUCCAGAGAGCUGUAAA